GAUGAAGACAUUUUUCAUCGUAGCUUCAUUGCUUGCUGUAGGACUCGUUCUUGCCGAAGAUUCAGAGGAGAAAUCGGAAGUUAAAGAUGUGAAGCCGUGGAAAAAGUUGGACUUCAAGAAGCGUGAGCCAGAGUUUUUGAAGGAAAUGAGCCAAGACGCAAAAACUGCCUAUUUUGGAAUCAAGUUCAAUCCAGAAUUGACAAAAGCUGAGAAGACUCGAAUGUUGAAGGAAUGGGCUGAUCAGUACGAUGUUGAGGAUGAUAUGCAAAAGUUCUUGGACGCUAAGAAAGCAGAUUGUGAUAAGAAGAAACAAGAGCGCAAGGACAACUAUGAACGCCUUGGAGAUCUUAUUGAAAAAGCCGAUGAAAUUCUUGAUGAUCAAGAGAACACCUGGAAUGGAGCCAACGAAAAGCUUGAGGCAUUGGUCAAGGAUGAGAAUCGUGAUGUUAUGAAGGCAUUCCAAUCAUUCUAUCCAUUUGUUGGAAGAGACAGUGAAGGACCAAGACAUGGUCAUGGGCAUGGACACGGACACCGAUUCCAUCAUGGAAGACGUUUCGGUAGAAAUAUUGGUGGAGGAGCUGCUCCAAGAUACAAUGGAGGAGGAAUCGGAAGCGGAAUCUCUAUUGGAGAGAACCCAAGACAUCAUAAUGGAGGUAUUGGAAGUGGAAUUUCAAUGGGAGAAAGACAUCGGGAUGGAGAAAGCUAUGAUGCAUAUGGAAACUCAAAGCAUCAUCACAAGAAACACCAUGGAUUCUAAUUUUCCAUUAUUGGCCAGACACGAAAUGUUUAUAUGUUUUAUAGAGACCUGAUUUUUUUUCCUGAUAAAUUAUAUUUAUUUGAAUUUAAUAAAUUUUUGAAGCUA